AUUUCGUUGGAUCGAAGAAGGACAAUUAGCAUUAGUUAACAUCACAUUAGCUAUUAUCAAUUAGUGUUGUAGUACUAAAUUUUUCGCUGUAAUCCAAUUUGUAGUUUACAACUACCAUACACGAACCGGUCAAAUCAAGUCAUUUUAUAAGUUAAGGACAGCUGGAGGUCAUCGAGUUUCAUUAAUGUAAAUUAUCUACAAUUAAAUAAGUAAUCUAGCGACAUGGGAAAAGAUUCAAAACAGCGGACGAAAGGUGGUGUCCAGCCAUCAAAUUCGAGUCGUACAGCGGAACUCCUUCACAAAACAGGAUCCUCUGGUGGGGGCAGCCUCUCAUUUCUGUCUGCAGCGGCGGAAGCACAUUUGGAAUUUGGCGUAAAGCCACCAACCACCGUCUUGACUAGUUUGUUGAUUGAUGACGAUCUUCCCCCUGAGGUCCGUAUGGUGUUUAGAAAAUUACAGAAAAAAGAUGCAGUAACCAAAAUUAAGGCAUUGGCCGAAUUAGCCCAAAUUCUUGGGGCCCCACCCCCCGCUCAAACAGACUCACCUUCAACGUCCCGAGAGCCUUCGAGGGAACGACCACGCAUGAGUCGCGAAGAAUUGGAAGACUUAUCCAAAAUAUUGCUACCUCAUUGGGUCAAAGCGUAUCAAAAGUUAGUUUUGGACGAUUCUAGAAAAGUACGUGAACAAGCGCAACUCACGUUGACACAACUUUGCAAAAAUGUGGGGAGGAAUUUAGCUCCGUACUUGAAACAGUUGAUGCCGUCGUGGUAUUUGGUGCAGAAUGAUUUGUACAGUCCGGUCGCAUCUGCUGGGAAGAAGUCGUUCCUCACGGUCUUUCCAUCAGAAACCAAACAGUUGGAUGUGAUAAAAUUUUGCAAUGAGGAGAUUAUGCGGAUGAUGGUGGAUCAUUUGCAAGGUGUAUUCCGUGGUGGAAAGGAAGAACAGGGUACUGGGUUUAAGGAUAAAAAACAGAAAGGGAAAAAGAAAACUGGACAAACUGACGUUCCACUCCAAUCAGAGGGAAAUGUUUUGCCUGAAACUAGUGCUGCUGCUGACGAGGCAGGGUCAACUUCGACAAGGUCAGGACCAGAUCGAGGGGAUGGAGAAUCAUACGCCAUGAGAAUUACUUGCGCUUCCCUCCAAUCUUUAAAAACACUUAUUGAUCAAGGUCUCAUUAAUUAUGAAACGUUGGAUGAAGUAUUUGGUAGUCGUGGUUUAUUUUGGUGUGGGGCUGAUGUGACGAAAGAAUUAUUGGUCCGAAGACAUAUGUACGACAUUUUAUCCUCAUUGACGAAAUAUCUCCAGAUAGCAAAUCAAACUGAACCUGGUAGCAGUAGAAAUUUGUCUGCACAAGAAGACAACACGACAACAAACGCUCAACAGUUUAUCAUCCCUUCCGACAAGUGCACAAAAUUCAUCAACGCAGCUCUAUCUUCGAAUCAGAAAGAAACUCUGCCCAAUCUUUGGAACACAUUUCUCCUCCUCACCCUCAACGGCGUCUUGUCUGACAUUCAUCUUGCGAGGAAACAACUGCUUACGUGUUGCAAGAAUGGAUUUUAUGGCAAUGCUAGCCAAAUUGGAUCCAGUGUUCUUCCCUUGUUGGCCAGAAUUUGGGAAGGAUUUGCUCAGGAUGAUAAUUCAAAGCAGGAAUUUUCUCAUGACAUAAUUUCCUCCACAAUUACGGGGUACGGAAAUGAAAGAUCCCUCUUUGAAAAAGCGUCCAUUGCGAGAACGUUGGUUGAAAUUGUGGCCUUUCUCUCCAACCAUGAAGUCAUUGAAAUGAGACCCGUGUAUCAAUUUAUAUUUUCCAAUCUGUCCGACUUGACAUCUGAUUUUGCCCAACUGCACGGAAAUCUGAUUAAGGAUCAAGAUUAUUAUGAUGGAUUAAUUGAAUUCGGGUUUGAAAAUAGUUCUCGUGAAGUUUUCAACUCGAAAGAGUUUGGUAAUUUUCUUGUCAAUUUGUGCGUAUUGCACGAUGCUAAAUCAUCAAUGCAAAAUCAAAAACCUGCCGGAGCAUUUCGAAGGAAAAGGGUUCAAUUCCGAGGAGAAGACGAGUCUUCUGAUAAUAUUGGCAGUGGUGAUCAAGCAGAAGGAGAAAAUAAGCCUAGUCUGGAUUUCUCGUCACUUUCUGAUCAAAAGCAACAAUUUCUUCAAACAGUGAUCAAGCGACUAGUUCAAGAAUCAGCUUACAAACCGGUGACUGUACUCUCCAAAAAAUUCAAGGAUAAGAGAAUUUGGACUGGAAUUAGCAUCAUUGACGUUGACCUUUCAUCGGAAGAAGAUAAAUUAACACGACUUCAAGUCUAUUUGGAAUUGAUUAACGUAUAUCCCGAGGUUCCAGUUUUACUCGGAAAAUUCUCUGACGAAUUUGAAAACUUUCAAGAUCCUUCAGAUUUUAAACAGUUCCUAAAAGAGUUGAGUCUAUAUACGCACCUCCAACCCAUCAAGAGGUGGGUGCGGAUGCCACAUUUCACAGGAAUCGUGGAAAGUCUCCUACUCGCCGGAAGUUUGGAUGAAUCCGAACUUCAAACAAUUUUAAAGUUUGUCUUCCGUGACCUAUUUCCGCAAGAGUUCGUUUCUUCAAUUAUCGGCACUAUGACAGAGAGAAUAGGACGGGACCCAACUUUUUCGGAUGACCUUUCCCACAUUUUGGUUUCUUCCAACUUUAGAGCAGAUUUGACUCAGAUUUACAAGUAUUACUGGGAAUCAUACUUUCUCAAGAGCGUCCUUUCUAUGGUCGAAUCCUCGGAUUUGGAAUUGAUUGAAACCGUGUGUUUCAGAAAUUUGGGAAAGCUCGAUCUCACCGAUGUGGCCCAGAUUCUAGAGAAAUAUUUGGAAUCUUGUGAUAAAACAAAGCAAAUUGACAUUCUUAUCGAUAUCAAUAAACGACUUGGAUUCUCAGGAGAAAUUCUGCAACCACUGCCACACGCACAACUUAAAGUCAAAGCAGACUUGCUUGCUUUCCUUGGCAUGAGCUACUCUCAUGAAAUAUCGGCCGAUGGACUGGACCAAGUCCCAAAGUUUUCAAAGAUUCACCGAUCUGCAAUUUCUAAAGCGAUCUUUAAGGGAAAAUUAAUCCUGGAUUCAAGUUUGGCUACACCUUCGGACCUGAUUGUACCCCUCCUCAAUGUGAUAUAUGCUCAAGGCUUGGCCCGAGUGUGGGAUGAAGUUGAAAAAUCAUCAUAUUUUGAAAUUAUGAAUAGAGAGUUAACCAAUGAGCUUGACAUGGUCAGCUCAAGACUUACAGAGAAGAUCUAUGAAGACAAGAACGCCUGGAAAAUUUUGUGGAAUGAGGUGAGCAACAUGGAGACAUCUUCACAUUCUUCGUCGUCGGGGGCCGAUCCACUCUGGCAGAGCCGACUUCCUCUCCGAAUUCUAAGAGAUUAUUGUCACAAAGCGGAGUUAACGAGUGGCCUUAAGAAGACUAAAUUGUCACCUACACCUCCAAUUGGAGAGGAGACGAUUCAAGACCAAGUGUCGCAAGUGCUGCGAGAUUUCUCUCAAAAUCUGUUCAAAGUAAAGGAAAUAAUUUCUUGGCUGACAGAAAAGAGAGUUAAACAACCCGAACUGUUUGAAUUCGAAUCUCUCUUCAAGAACAUAAAGAAUAAAACUUUGGUCAACAAGUUGCUCAUAAUUACGACAGAGCUGAUGUCUCGGGCAGAAAAAGAUGACGAAAUUACGGAAGAAUUUCUCAGCUUGGGUGCCUGUUGGAUAGCGGCAUGGCUCAAGCAGACGAAAUAUAUCAACAUCAAUUCGAAGCUGCAGCUCCUGUGGGUCUCCAAUCUGGCCAAGGCGGUCAGUGUUUGCAGCAACAGGGCGAGAAAUUUGGAACAACUCUGUCCAAAAUUUGUCCAGGAGUUCAUCGAGUUUCAUUCAAGUCAGCUCUACCCCGUGAUUUACUCCAUUUUUGUUCAAUUGAAUGAAGAAGUCGUGUCGCACAAUUUUUGGACGUUACAAACUCUUUUGUACGUGUCAAAAGCGUUCGUGACUUGUCCCUCGAAUACGCUGGCGUAUAUUGAACCAGAUGGGGUUAAGUUGUGUGAAGUUUUUGGAAAGAUUUUGGGCGAUGGGGUUUCAUUACCGGCAAGGAUCACAGCCUACAGAAUUCUAAAGAAAGUUCGAUACGACCGAAGUGGAGAGGGAGAUUUGCCCAUUGUUCCUCCCGUGAUUGGAAAUGUUAUCAAGGCAUUGUUGGAUACGUUGAAUCGCGACGGGACAAAUAAUGAUGUAAUGAUUUCAUAUCUGCUCAUUUGGGACGCUUUACUAAAAAUUCAGCAAGGAUCCAACGAAUUCGCUACAUACGUUAGGGAUCAGGAAUUUCUUCUCACCCCGUUUUUGAACACACUCUUCUUUUCUGAACACAUUUCUCUAGAGAACGCAAACCCAAAACAUUUUGAAAAAGAGUUGAACUUGAACCCCGAUUCUCCCGUGAAUCUGUUACAAUUAUCCUGCUCUGUGGUGCAAAGAACGCUAAGAAACUUGCCUUACACAGUGAGAUGGUGGUGGAAUAAUCAAGUCACAAGACAGCGAGAUCGUGUAUUUGUGGAAAAAUUUAUUGUCAAGUAUUUAUCCAGCAAAUUGGCUGCGGAAGAGUUGAGUAGUGUGAAGUUGAGGGAAGGAGUUGAUGAUAACGUGACGGUUCAUUGUCAUUCUGGAUGCAACGAGCUAAUUGCUCACUACAGAAUUGAAGAAACAAAUGUUACUCUCACUGUCAGUCUCCCUCUAAACCAUCCCCUGGGUCCCGUAACUGUAAAGAUUAGUGAUAAAAAACUUCACGGGAAAAUUAGCCAUUUACUCAAUACAAGAUCGCACUCUUUAUCGGCCGGAUUAAAAUUAUGGAAGGAAAAUUUGGAUGGACUAUACAAAGAUGUGGACGAGUGUGCCAUCUGCUUCUUCAUUUUACACAACGUAACUAAACAAAUUCCAAAAUUGGCAUGUAAAACAUGCAAAAAGAAGUUUCAUGCGGCCUGUCUCUACAAAUGGUUCAGCACCAGCAACAAGUCCGAAUGCCCCCUGUGCCGAAAUUUGUUUUAAAAAAUGGUUUCAACUGUUACUGCUACUUUGUUGAAAAUAUUUCUCUUUGUUAAGUUUGAUCCAAUUUUGUUAACCAUAUCCUCCAGGAUUGGGAUUAACAUGUCUAUUUUCUCAAAAUUAUUCUUACAUAUCACGCAAAAUUAACUGUUAAUCAUAAUAGUCUAAGAUGUGUGUAAAAAUCUUCUCGACAUUAAAAAUACAUCCCUACUCGAACAAGUUGUUAA